AUGGAGAAACACAUUUUCUUAUUGAUUCUUCUCUUUCUAAUUCAAUAUUACUCUCUUUCGAUAUCAGCUGCUUCAUCAAAUGAAACAGAUCAACAAGCUCUACUAGCUUUCAAAGGUCUUGUUACUAGUCCUAGUCAUUUUUUGGUAAAUAAUUGGACUAAGAAUACUUCCUUUUGCUCUUGGUUUGGUGUCACUUGCAGUCCAAAAAGGCAAAGGGUUGUAUCCUUGGCGCUUCCCGAUAUGCAACUUCAAGGCACAAUUUCCUCCUCUUUGGCCAAUUUGUCCUUUCUCAGCAUGCUCAAUCUACAGAAUAACAGCCUCCAUGGUGGCAUCCCUUUCGGACUUGGCCACUUGCCUCGCUUGCGAGUGAUUGAUGUUAGAAACAAUCAGCUUCAAGGAAGUAUUCCAACAAGUCUAUUUCAACACCGGAGGGUUCAAGUAAUUUCCUUAGCUUUCAAUAAACUCGGUGGUGACAUGUGGAAAGGGCCAUGGAUUGUACCAGAACUCAGAGUCUUGAAUCUGAGGAACAAUAGCCUCACAGGUAUAAUCCCUCCUUCUGUUGGAAAUGCCACAAAGUUGAUGAACUUCAGUUUGGCUGGGAACAGAAUCAGUGGCAACCUUCCAAAAGAGAUCGAGCUCCAAGUUUUGUCCAUAUCUCUCAACAGCAUAACUGGAGAGAUACCCAGAAAUAUUGGUUGUUUAUCAAAACUCGAGGUGUUUUAUAUUGGAGAAAAUCCAAUAUCAGGGACUAUUCCCGCUUCAUUGGCCAAUAUUUCCCCUCUGCAAUAUGUUGACUGUACAGGAAAUCGAUUGGAGGGCCCAAUUCCUCCAGAAUUGGGGAAGCUAUCAAAUUUGAGGAUGUUGCUAUAUCUAAAAGUGGGUCCCAAUCCGUUGAAUGGUGUUCUGCCCAAUUCUAUUGGGAAUCUUUCAUCUACUAUCGAAGACUUAUAUAUAUCAGAUGCACAGAUCAAUGGCCUCAUCCCCCCAGUUAGAGGCAACAUGAGCAGUCUAACAGAACUAACCCUUGGAGGAAAUAACUUGAAGGGAAAUAUUCCUCCUGAGAUUGGUAAGCUUAAACAACUCCAAGAAGGUGAAAUACCCAGUGGUGGUGUGUUUGUGAAUUCCACUCUCCAAUCAUUUCUUGGGAACAAAGGACUAUUUGGAGUGCACAUAUUGGAGGUUCCUGCUUGCGCUAAUCCCGGACUACAAUCAAAGUCUAAGGAGCUAGUGCUAAAGGUUGUUAUUCCAGUGGUUAUUUCAUCAUUUCUGAUAUUCUUGCUGGUUUCAGUUUUGAUAUUGAAACGGAAGAAGAAAGGAAAGUUCAAAGAUGUGGAAAAGGUACCAGAUAUCAAGACUUAUCAAUUAGUUUCCUAUCACGAGAUUCAGCGAGCAACAAAUUAUUUUGAUGAAUCAAAUUUAAUUGGUGUCGGAAGUUCUGGUUCUGUGUACCAAGGCACAUUAUCUAGUGGAAUUGUGGUAUCCAUAAAGAUUCUUGAUUUGGAAUAUGAGGAGGUAUGCAAGAGGUUCGACACUGAAUGUGAAGUGAUGAGAAAUGUUAGGCACAGGAAUCUUGUGCCCGUGAUCACAACUUGUUUUAGUGACUAUAUAAGUGCCUUUGUUCUGCAAUAUAUGUCUAAUGGGAGCCUUGAAAAUUGGUUGUACAGAGAAGAUUGCCAGUUCAACCUUCUUCAAAGAGUAACUGUAAUGCUUGGUGCGGCUAUGGGAAUUGAAUAUCUACAUCAUGGUCAUAUCACUCCAAUAGUUAAUUGUGACCUAAAGCCAGAAAACAUUCUUUUGGAUGAUAAUAUGGUAGCUCAUGUUGGUUAUUUUGGCAUCUCUAAAAUUUUAGCUGUAAGCAAGUCCAUGGCAUAUACUGAGACAUUGGGCACUCUUGGUUAUAUCGCACCAGAAUAUGGCUCGGAGGGAAUAGUGUCAACUAAUGGGGAUGUUUAUAGUUACGGCAUCGUGUUGAUGGAGGUUUUGACCAAAAGAAGGCCAACAGAUGAAAAGAUAUGCAAUGAAAAUCUUGACUUGAGGAAAUGGAUAACACAAUCAUUUUCAGGGUCUAUGAUGGACGUUAUAGAUAACAAUCUUUUUCGUAAGGAAGCGCAAAUCACUUCAAAAAGUGAAAUCUGCAUAGCCUUAAUGGUAGAAUUGGCUUUAGAUUGCACAAUGGAAAUGCCAGAAUCAAGAAUAACCAUGAAAGAUGUAGUCAAGAGGCUUAACAAAAUCAAGAACACAUUUCUGGAAAUAUAG